AUGCGUUUGAGAACCCGUAUUUGGGCGAGAAAAGACCCUGAAGACUCUAUUCUUCCUUUCCAGCAUGUCAUUGUUGACAGAUUGAUCCACGACUUACACACGCAGAAUGGACACAUUGGAGGGCAAGGUCUUCUGAACCUUCUAAGAGAAAGAUUCUGGAUCGUUAGAGAGAGGCAAGCUGUGAGAAGAAUUGUGUCUGCAUGUGUGAUAUGCAGGCGUUAUAGGACCAAGGCAUUGGAAGUCGAGUCUCCACCGCUCCCGGAGAAUCCGGUAAGGGACGCUCGUGUGUUCGAAAUCAGUGGCACGGAUUUUGCUGGUCCACUCUACCUUAAAAAUGGAGACAAGGUUUGGGUAUGCAUAUUCACCUGUGCUGUUUAUCGUGCCAUACAUUUGGAAUUGGUUACUGCCAUGUCAACGGAAGCCUUCAUCAUGGCGUUUCGACGUUUCAUCGCGCGUUGGGGCAGACCUUCCUUUAUGUACAGUGACAAUGGUACAAACUAUAAGGGGUUCAAAAAUGCUCUCGAUGGAAUUGAUUGGCAGAGAGUAGCGUCCCGCGGUUUGGUGAACCAAAUUGAAUGGCGCUUCAACCCACCCACAGCAACAUGGUGGGGCGGGUUCUGGGAACGCUUAAUAGGAAUUUUGAAAGUUCCUCUUCACAAAAUUCUGGGACGGGCUUCACUCACUUUUGAAGAGUUGAACACCGUGAUCAGUGAGUGUACUGCUUAUAUCAAAUCUCGCCCCAUCACCUAUACAUCGAAUGAUCCGGUGCCUAUUACUCCUCAAAUGUUCAUUGGAGAUAUUCAAGAAAUGGGUGUCCCUGACUUAGACGAAGUUGAUGCGAAGAGUCUACACAAAAGAGUUAGACGUCGCCAAGAGAUCAGAGACAACCUAAAGCAGCGUUUCCGGUCUGAAUACUUGGGCCAGAUGUUCAUGACUGCCAGCAAUUUGAAGAAUCCGUGA